AUGUCUGACGAGGAACCUGAAGAUGACUUCGACAAUGAAGAUCAGAAGGAAGAGGCUGAUGAGAAAGAGGGAGAAGAAGAAGAGGAGAAGGAAGGUGCUGAAGAAGAGGAAGAAGAGGAAUGGCAGCACCCCGUCUCCAACCCUCUCACCGAGGAACACUUCAAGGAAGGCCUCUCGCUUUUGUGUAAAACUGGCAACGGCUUGGCUCACGCCUUUGUGAAAUUCGAGGUCAGAGAAAAGGAGUUGACAGACAUCACCAUCAUCCAGGGCUUCAUCCACUUGCGCUACGUGGACCUGUCUGACAACCUGCUCCGGGACCUGUCUCCCUUGUCGUGCCUCACCCACUUGCUGUGGCUGAAGGUGGACAACAACCGGUUGACCAGUGCCGCCAUGGAGGAGCUGCCCUACCUGCAGAUCGCCAGUUUUGCCAACAACCACAUCAAGGACACCACUGGCGUUAAUCAUCCACGCCUGACCAGCCUCAACCUGAAAGGCAACGAGAUUGAGGUAAUAUCAGGACUGGAUCCCCUCAAGCUUUCAAAUCUCCACACACUCGAGUUGCGGAGUAACAGCCUCAAGACUACAACAGGACUCUACUUGCCUAAGCUGAAAAAUUUGUACCUGGCUCAGAACUCUAUCAGCAAUCUAGAAGGCCUGGAGGACCUAACGCAACUGACGACGCUGCACCUCCGUGACAAUAUGCUCGAAAGUCUGGAUGGCUUCUCUGAAAGCAUGAAAGCGCUUCAGUAUCUCAACCUACGGGGGAACGCAAUCGCCCAGCUCGACGAAGUGGCUAAGCUCCAGAAGCUGCCCAUGUUAAGGGCCCUGGUCUUACUGGACAACCCGUGUUCGGACGAGGGGGAGUACCGGCUCGAGGUCCUGGUGGUGCUCCCGCGCCUCGAGCGCCUCGACAAGGAUUUCUUCGAGGAGGACGAGCGGCUCGAUGCGGAAGAUGUCCGUCAGCGGCGGCGGGAAGAAGAGCUGGAGAUGGAGAGGGAAAGGGAGCGAGAGAAGGAGCUGGAGCUGGAAGGGGAGGAGACCCCGGAGGUUACCGAGUGA